CGCGGCGGCUACGAGUUGGCGCGUCGCGCAGGCGGCGGCGGCAUGGGGCUGAGACGGGUGCGGGCAGUCUUCUUCGACUUGGACAACACGCUCAUCGACACGGCCGGGGCGAGUCGGAAGGGCAUGUUGGAGGUGAUAAAGCUCUUACAAUCAAAAUACCAUUACAAAGAAGAGGCUGAAAUCAUCUGUAACAAAGUUCAAGUUAAGCUCAGCAAGGAAUGUUUUCAUCCUUCCAAAAGCUGCAUUACUGACCUCAGGACUUCACACUGGGAAGAAGCAAUCCAGGAAACAAAAGGUGGUGCGGCCAAUAGGAAAUUAGCUGAAGAAUGUUAUUUCCUGUGGAAAUCUACACGUUUACAGCAUAUGACACUAGCAGAAGAUGUCAAAGCCAUGCUCACUGAACUUCGAAAGGAGGUCCGCCUACUUUUAUUAACAAAUGGAGAACAACAGACCCAGAGGGAGAAGAUCAAGGCUUGUGCCUGUCAGUCCUAUUUUGACGCUAUUGUUGUAGGUGGAGAGCAGAAAGAGGAGAAACCGGCACCUUCCAUAUUUUAUUACUCCUGUGAUCUCCUUGGAGUACAGCCUGGGGACUGUGUGAUGGUUGGUGACACACUAGAAACGGAUAUACAAGGAGGCCUCAAUGCAGGGCUGAAGGCAACAGUCUGGAUAAAUAAAAAUGGAAUGGUGCCGUUGAAGUCAUCCCCCAGGCCGCAUUAUAUAGUUUCUUCUGUGCUAGAGUUACCUGCUCUCUUACAAAGUAUAGACUGCAAAGUCAGUGUGUCUGCUUAAAGCACAGAAAAGGGUACACAGUGAGGUUGAGGGACCAGUCUGUCUUGCUGUGGAUGAGUGCAAGCCACAUGGCCCCAGAAGUCACUUUCCUGGAAGUUGCCUUGGUGUGGCCUAAUCAUGCUGCCCGCAUCUGUUGUCUGCUGACUGGAUAGUUUCACCCAUAUGAUGAAAACUAGUAAAAAAUUAGGUUUUGCUAUGAACCAUUUCCAGAGUGCCAUUUUAAUACUUGACUGGCUCUUUUUGGUAUCACCGUCUGCCUUAAGUCUCCUGUUUUUCAAAUUUUGGGAACUAUGUCAUUGUUUCACAGACUUCUGUAUCCAUUUCAGAGUUUGCUUUGAGCUUAGUAAUUAAAACUCCAUAGGGAGGCAUCUUGCAACUUAGAAAAAUGUCUCAAGACCGUUAGGCUAGAAAGUCUCAUGAUUUCACCAGCCAAACUUAGAGUAAAAUGGUUAAUUAAGGAAAAAACAAAUAAUGAUUAGGGUUGUUUUUUGGUAGGAUGUUUUUUUUUAACUUUUGUAUAGGAAACUACUAGUGUAAGAUGUUCGGUAGUUGGGGUAUAUUUAGCUAGGGCUCCUUCAAGUAUUCUGUGAAGAACAGGAUCCUCUGCCAUUGUGCAUGUGCCUGUUGCGCUUCUCACUCUUAAUUUUCAAAAAUGUGAUUGUGCCCUUGACUGUUCGCUCUGAAGCUGAAUGUUUGUGGACAGGGAAUGUUUGUGUAUAGCUCUUCCAGGUACGGUGUCCAUGUGACCUCAAUUAUAAUUGUAGCUAUUUGAAAAUUGUUAAGUUGGAGGAUGUUGACAGGAAAAUAGUUGUGUGCAUGAUUUCUCCAGUGGGCUGAGUGUGGUGCUGAGAGCUUGUCCUUUCAGCUCACCCACAGGAUGGGUCUAGACAUGGCACGUUCACUGUGCUCACUGAGAAGGCUCAUUGCUCCCAGAUCACGGCAGCAGACCUCCUAGGAUGUUAUAUGAGCAGUUCGUCAGCAAAAGUGAUGUGGCGGGGAAUGAAAUAAUUGAGUUUUUUGUAAUGUAAUAUUACAUUCCAUUUGCACUUUUCCUUAGGGAAGAACUUUGUGGUUUUCUGCCUUCUGAGUGGAAUGUUACAGAAAAUAUUAAGAAAUCUUGGAAUAGACCUAUUUUAUUAAUAAUGUUUUUGUUUUAAAAUAAUAUUUUGUUUUUCAUAGUUUUCCAUACUCCUAGAAAGCCAUAAACUCUCAAUUGUCCAGAGGCUCUCCCAAACACUCAUUACAGAGGAAGGCCUAGAGUAGACACGAGUGGAUGCUGCCCCUGGAACACUGACACAAUGAUGGAUGUUUUCUGGUUCCAUACACAUGUCCACCCACUGGUGCAUGAACAUCUUAGAUAUGGUGGUGCCCAGGACCCAGCAAGUGUGAAUAUUGUAGGAAAGACAGUUUUCUUAGUUACAGAGGUACUUGGUUUAGCACUUUCAGAUUUCUUUGCAACCCACAAUAGGAAACAUUUUCUGUCACAACCCAUUAAACACAUUUAUAGUGAACAUUUAGUUAAUAUCAGUGUGUGUAUAUUAAAUAUAUAUUUAACAAACAAAACUACUUCCUUGCUAUGCAUGAUGCUCAGGUUUUUUUCAUUCCAUCAUUUUUUAAAUUGGGGAAUAUAUUUUUUUCAUUUUUGAACAAGUACUUGUGGUACUUGUACAAGUAUUUGUGGUACACAAGUCAAAGAAUGAAAACGUGAAUAGCAAAAAGUCCGUCUCAUCUCUUUUCCAGCAACCCGCCUGCCCUAAAGGCCUCUGCUGUCAGCAGUGCCUGUGUAUCUGCAUAUAUAGGUAGGUAUGAGUAUAUAGAAUUCCUCUGAUUCAGGCAGGUUUUUAUUCCUGCUUUUCAGUUUUAGGAGGCAAUGAUCUUGCUAAGAAACUGAUUUAAAAAGUUAUGAAGCUUCUGUGAGUCGUUCAUGUUAGGAGCAUACAUCUUUGAUCUCAGCCAUCCACUGUUGUUGAUAAAGGUGAUGGUUCCAUUGGCUUUCACUGGGCCAGUUGUUCACUUUGAGGUCAGUACAGCUGUGAAGCCCUUGCUUCUGCCCCAGUCUAAUUGCCCUCUUCUGGUACAUAUCACCAUCCUGGAGUUUCCCUUUGCCUCUUAGGUUGGAUGUCCUGUGCCCUGUGUAUUCCCUUUUUUGAUUUGUUCCCCCUUUGGUGGCAUGCAUCCUGAGUAGUUUCCCUAUAAAUGUGAGAGAUAAAAAUAUUCAGAUCUUAAGUGUCUGAAAAUGCCUUUAUUCUCUUCUCCCAUCAUUGAUAGUUUAACAGCAUGUAGUUGGAUAUCAUUCAGAAUUUCAAAGGCAUUGCUCUGGUCUAGCAGCCAUUUUAAGUGACAAUUUUCUUUUUCUCUUGAAGCUCUUAGAACUUUGAUUUUUCCCCUGUGGUCCAUAAUGAUGUAUCUUGUUAUGCUUUCAUCCUCUACUCUUGGCACUCUUGAACCUUUCCAAACAAAACCUUAUGUCCUGGAAAAAUGUAAUUACUUAAUUGAUAAUUGCUUCACCACUGUGUUUCCCGCUUCCUUUUUCUGGAACUCGUACUAUUCGGAUGUUGGACCUCCUCUACUGACCCACUUUCUUUUCUUUUCUCUCCUAUUUUUCCAUCUCUUAUUUUGUUCUAUAAUGCUUUUUGGAAGGUUUCUUCAACUUUACCUUUCACUCCUAUUGAAUUUUCUUUCCUGCCUGACAUCAUGUAUUUCAAUAUCCAAGUUUCUUCGAUUUUCUAAGUGUUCCUUCCCUUUUUAAAAAAAAAUUUUUUUUUUUUUCGGUACACGGGCCUCUCACUGUUGUGGCCUCUCCCGUUGCGGAGCACAGGCUCCGGACGC